CUAAAUAGCUAUAACUCCUUGUAGCUACUUUGAACGAAUCUAAAUUUAGUGUUGUUACCAAAGAGGGUCUUCUCAGGGGGGGGCGGUGGCUGGAGCUAGAUGGUUGAUGUUUUUCUCCCCCCAGACUCUGUAGGUGGCGCUACAAUCACCUCACCGUGUUAACGAGUUGCAGUACCAAUCCUUGCCAUAGGACGUCGCUGCAGUUUGUGAGGCGAAUAUCUCUCCGAUUGUUUAUUGAUCCGCGACUGACAACAAACAUGGACGCACACUGCACAUUGGUUUGCUGUGAAGAGGAGAGAGAAGACGAUAAAGCUGUUAUUGUUCAGUUCUCUAACGGCAACCUGAGGAACACACAGCAGCUGGACUUCAGCUUCUAUAAGAACGUGGAUGAGACCAACCCUAGGAAGAAGAACCGACGCAUGCUGGUUGCAGAGUCACAGAGACUCUCCUAUGUUGGGAGUAACUUUGGAAUAGAAUCCCUAAAAUGCAACAACCUUUGCAAGUAUUAUGUGGGUGUGCUGAACAAGGAGACCAUGAGGAUGGAGGUUCACAGCGCUCAACUCUUCAACAUGCAGCCCGUCAUCCCAGGGGAGUCGUCGACAGAGAACGAUACGUCCCAGAACACAGAUCUUACAUACAGGGAAAAGGUGGACUCUCUGAUCGAAGCGUUUGGCACCAACAAGCAGAAGAGAGCUCUGUCUUCCAGGAGGCUGAACCAUGGCAGUGAGACCCUGCAGAACGCUGUGGCCAAGGCUGCCCACUCCAAUCAGUAGACCAGAAGGGCC